AUGAACUCCCUUCCUACUCCGACAAUCAAAUCCUUCGACCUGGUAGCAGACUUCUUAGAGCACAUUCUACAUGGCAGUGCCUCGAGCACCACACUGAUCGUUUGCUGGACAAGAGAAAAAUUUAUACAGAAGCUUAUUUCUUCAAUUCAGCUUCAAUCUAGGCAAACUGAAGGCGAAGAGCACCCUACAUCCGAGGAGGCUCCGAUACUUUCCUCUACCCUUCUGUCGAACACAAUUGACAUUCUUGACAAGUCUCGGAGAGUGACUUUAUCCUUUUGCCCCAGCCUGGAACAUCUUCGCGCCUACCUAGGAACAUCGAAUAAAUGGCCCGGCCCACGAUUAAAUCCAGAAAAUGGCCCCGAUACAGAACAACCGCUCCUCGCCAUACUCAGCCCUAUUGCUCUGCAUUUCCACACUUCUCAGUUUUCUGCCCAGGGUAUUUCGAGAACCCUCGCUCUCGCUGUAGAAGCUGCCUCGAGGAAGAGCACCCGCUUGGUUUUAUGUGAAUGUCAGGACUUGAACGCUGGUGAAGAGGAACAUGCGUUUUCAAACAAUCCAUGGGACAUGGCUGUUCCUCUAUUGAAUUCAUCAACCACAUCAAGGCAACCGGUUGAAAUAUCAGCUGCACAGACUGUCCAAAUCAGGAGGAUUGCAAAAAAAUGGUUCCAUUUUGACCAAACAGAGAGAGAAGCAGCAGGACCUUGA